CACGAAGAACAGAAAGGAAAACACAGACACACACAGUUGACAGCUCACACACAGACGCCCAAGGAUGACCCUCUCUUGCAUGCGCUUUUGUGUGUUCGUAUGGAUGGCGGCGGCUUCGCUGCCCACCUUCCAAGCAACGCCGUCUGUUAUUUACGCCAAAAUCAACGGCUCGGAAGCGAUGUCCUGUGAAUGUCCAAAUCACGCCUGCCAGGAGGUUUUUUGGUACCGAUACCUCGAGAGGACGAAGACUCUUCAGUUCCUCGUGUUUGUCAACAGCGCUGGCAGAGAGCAAUAUGGAAAAAACCUGAACGGCACUCGGUUCAAGGGGUCGUUGUCCGGAGGAAACAGGCUGGGCUAUACCCUGCGUGUAACAGGACUACAGGAGGAUGAUAUCGGCCUUUAUUCCUGCAUGUUUAAAACUAAAAAUACUAUGCCUGUCGGAUAUUACAUAAUGCCUGGAGUGAAUCCUCCGACAGCUCAACCACCAACAGUAAAGUCCAACGCAGCCAAGAAGAACUGUAAUUGCAAACUUCACAGCUCUCCUAAAGGCUGUGAACAAUUAGUGCUUUGGGCAGGCGUUGGUGCUCUUCUGCUUUUGGCUGUUACACUUGCUGGCACACUUUACUACUUCAGUCGUCUACCUAAAAAGUGCCGACAUCGAUUCACCAAGACGAAUCCGUUGCGAUGAGGUGGGAGAACAAACUCUUCAUGUCGAAACAAAUGUGGUGGUCGUUUUUCUCUCUUAAGCGUGGACCUCAGAAAUCUUGCCGUGGUUUCAAAGAUAUAUAAAUAUAUCGGGGUUUAAUAAUGUAAAAAAAUGUGUGUAUAUAAAAAUAAUAGCUUAAAUUUACAGUUCAGUGUUUCCUUGGACGUUCUUCAACCAGCAGUCCACUUAAUGAAUUAGAUUCAUUGUCUGACUCGACUGAAUUAAACCAGAGCAGAACAUACCACCAGGAUCACCACAAAACUAAACUCACUCUAAACUUGGACUAACCACAGCUGUCUUAAUCAAGCUUUGAGUUUUGUUCUUGCCAGUACAGUAUGCUUAAUUUGUGCCUGAAUGUACAGUUUUUUCAUUUUUAUCUCAUAUGCUGUCGUUUGUGCUUUCAUGUUACGCUCAUUAAAAGGUAUUUUAAUUAAGCUGA